CUAACCCUGUAAACUCGCCCAAUUGGAAGCGGCAGGGGUUGUUCGGGCACGUUAUAUGCAAACACUUGUGGUCAGAAACGUGCUUAAAAUUGAGUUUACGAGCUAUAUUUCGGAUUGUCGCAGUAACUGUAUAAGAUUUGGACCCCAAGACACUAACAUAGGAGGUUCUACGUUUCUCGGCUAAGUGAUUGUAGAUUAUCUCGUCAUUGCAGUCGUUAUGGGAACUGGCUACACACAAAAUGUUUGAGGUAUUUCCAAUGCUACAACCAUCGCUGUGUUUCAAAAGUUAUUGCAAGUAUCUUUUAAUACCACACAGCUGCUACUUUUCAUUUCCUGAUUGGUGCAGCACAAGGAGACCAAGGAGUACCACGUCAGUGUUUGAAUUCGUUAAUGCCAGCCUUUGCUUCUGUACAUUCAAUAACCUCGAUUGAGAUACAGUGCAAAUAACCAUCACAGCGGCCGCCAUGAGGUUUCUUAUUGUGGCAAUUCUAACUGUAUUUCUGUGCAACAGUACCAACGCAGUUGGUCAGAAGGGUAAGCGGAGAGAGUUUGCUUCUCAAAGCUCAGGGCAAUUUCAAGAAUCGGGAACAAUUGAGAUGAAAUCACCUAAUCUGAAUGACGAGGAAUUUCACUCUAGCCAUAUGCCUGAUUAUUUGAAGUGUGACUCCUGCAGAGCAAUUUCUUAUCAGAUGCAGGAAUAUCUUUCGAAGUGGGAAUCAAAAAUCUCUGCAGUGAAAGAAGGGAAAGCAGAGCUGAAUGAAUCCGAUUACACCGAUGCUUUGGAGAAAUGCUGCUCCCAGAGUUGGGAAAAGCACGGUGUAAUAGAGGUAAAUGGCAUUAAACGUCUGUCAGGCCCUGGACUAGAGACUGAAGAUUUUACAGGAGUGAUGGUGAUGAGUGGACCAUGGCCAGGACGGUUGUUCAAAAUGUGCCAGGCUUACCUCGGUGAGUUUACAGAAGAGGACAUUUACAAGGAAUUCAGGAACAAUCGAGACUAUUUAGAAGAUUUUCUCUGUUUUGGUAAAAAUGGAGCUUGCACCAAACAGAGAAAUUUCCAAACAGCAUUGAAAGAUGAAAUAUAAUCAUUCUUUGGCUGUUCAAGUGACAAGUGCACUUGUGGAAUUUGGGUGAUGGUGUGAGCGAGUGUUAGAGAUGGAGUUGGGAUCAGUGGAUUUUCUUUUUUAUUCUUUCAGGCCCAUACCCAAAUUUCUGAUAUUUAAUCUUGUCAUGAAAUACUACAUAGUAGAUUAAUUAAUUCAUCUAAAUGUUAUUUAAAAUGCUGAUAGAUAACCUUAUAAAUUGUCUUGCUGAUGUUCCAACAUAUUCUUCCAUGUAAAUACUUAAGCCCAGAAACCUAUUGAAUCCAAUAGUAUGCAACCCCCACUACUUAAGAAGUUCACAUUUAACUCGCACCUCUUUAAACUUAAAAGCAAAAGCCUUUAAUUAUUUGAAUUAAUGUUAAAUUUAAAGUUGUCGUUUUGUUUCUUUAGUGCCCCAUUUUCAGAUUGUGCUUCAAACCCCCUAUGAUAAAUUGUUCUCUUUUCCAAUGUCCAAUGUGCAGGCAUUGUUAAAGCUGAAAAUAUGUUUGAACAACUGCAACUGACAUAAUUUCUACGAUACUUUUGAAUCUAGGGAGAAUUACUGAAUUGUAAUUUUUGGUAAUUCACACCACAACGGGAAUAUUCAACACUGACAUUCAAUACUCUGGCAGUUAUGUGCACACAUCAGGAAGAUGAUGCUCACAAAAUUGUGCCUGUUCUAAAUAAUUUAGACUGAAUCUGAAUUUAUAAGUAAGCAAAUGAGUUGUCAGUGGAGGUCUGGAGAACAAUCAGAAUUGGUAAUCAAUUAUAGAUGAAAAUAUUUCUAAAUUGAAUUUAAUCUUUUAAAAAUAGUUCCCUCUCCUUAUUCUGUAUUCUCAAAUACGGUGACCCAUUUAUUGGUAUGAUUUCUUGCCAUUCUUCACAGGGAAGCCAAGACAGCGAAUACCAGCAGAUUCUGGCCUGGUGACAGGGGAGAUGUUGGUCUAGUGUGGGGGUGACAGUGGAGAUGUCGGGCUGGGGUUGGGGAGGGUACAGCAUGGAAACAUUAUAGCUAAGCACACUAUUAUCUGGAUCUAUGAGCCAUAUAUGCAUCCUUGAUCGAAUGUCACAAAUGAAGAACUUCAACUGACUUUACUUCUUAUCCAGGAUCACCAGGUGGGAACAUCUCUACGGUCACCUUAGUUAGAAUCAGUGAAGAACAGUUGCAUUGUCUGGGUUGCAUUGUUUGGUUUUCUGGUGUACACCAUCUGGUUACACUUCACUUUCACUAACAACUAUUGAGGAAAAGUAGAGAUAUUUUAUAAACUGGAUUUAUAUUUAUAUAUACAGUGCCAAAGUCAGGUCAAGAUAGCCAUGGUAAUUAUAAUAAGUUCUAUUUAAAACCAUGUUUGAGACCGGACCUUCCACAGUUCACUGAAUACUCUUACUGAUGUAUAGUUGAUAUUACUCUGUAUGCAUUUGAAAUUUAUAUUCAAAUACCAUUGAUACAAAUAUAAAAGAUUCCCAAGAAAAGUACUGCAAGCGUGUUUCUGGCAUUUAUUCUGUUCAUUCUAAA